UCAUAAACAUAGAGAGAUCGAAUUUUCCGGCCCGCACACGGCGAUUCACGGCGACAAGUGAAUUUUUUCUUAAUGGGUUUUUUGAACGCCAUAUGGAGCAUCUCUGGAUUUUGUGUCGGAAUUUCAGUGGGUCUUAUUGCUGGAUAUUUCCUUUUCAUAUACUUCAAACCCACUGAUGUUAAGGAUCCUGAGAUUAGGCCAUUGACUCAGCUGGACUCUGAAACUUCACAGAGGAUGCUCCCUGAGAUGCCACUUUGGGUGAAAAAUCCAGAUUAUGAUCGUGUGGACUGGCUAAACAAGUUUAUUGACCAUCUGUGGCCUUACAUGGAUAAGGCAAUUGCCAGAACAGUGAGAAAUGUUGUUAAGCCAAUAAUUGCUGAGGAGGUUCCCAAGUACAAGAUCCAUUCUGUCGAACUCCAAGAGCUCUCUCUCGGGUCGCUCUCGCCAACUUUCCAAGGUUUGAAAGUCUAUGAUGUGCAUGAAAAGGAAUUGGUACUGGAACCUGCAAUUAAAUGGGCUGGAAAUCCCAACAUCAUGGUUACAAUUAAAGCAUUUGGAUUGAAAGCCACUGUCCAGCUGGUGGAUCUGCAAGUUUUUGCAGUGCCACGGAUCACCUUGAAGCCGCUGGUUCCAAGUUUUCCCUGUUUUGCAAACAUCUCUCUGUCCCUUAUGGAAAAGCCACACGUUGAUUUUGGGCUAAAGGUCAUGGGGGCAGACCUUAUGUCGAUACCCGGUCUUUAUUGGUUUAUCCAGGAACGCAUUAAAGAUCAGGUUGCAAGCAUGUAUGUGUGGCCAAAAUCUCUAAAAAUACAAAUCCUGGACGCAGCUAAAGCCUUUAAGAAGCCCGUGGGAAUUCUCCAUGUGAAGGUUUUGAGGGCAAUGAACCUUAGGAAAAAAGACCUUCUAGGUGCAUCAGAUCCAUAUAUAAAACUAAAGCUCACAGAUGACAAGUUACCUUCAAAGAGGACGUCCGUAAAGCACAAGAACUUGAACCCCGAAUGGAACGAGGAGUUCAAGUUGGUCGUUAGAGAUCCCCAAUCCCAAGUCUUAGAGCUCCAUGUUUUCGAUUGGGAGCAGAUUGGGAAGCAUGACAAGAUGGGCAUGAAUGUUGUACCUCUGAAAGAUCUCCCUCCUGAUGAGUUGAAAGUUUUGACUCUUGAACUUAGAAAGAAAGUUGAUCCAAAUGAUGUUGAAAACCAAAAGGACCGUGGUCAGCUUGUCGUUGAAGUUAUAUACAAACCGUUUAAAGAGGAGGAGAUACCAAAGGGUUUUGAUGAAACGCACAUGGUACCAAAAGCUCCCGAAGGAACCCCUGCUGGUGGCGGUUUGCUGGUGGUCAUAGUUCAUGGAGCUGAAGAUGUUGAAGGAAAACACCAUACCAAUCCAUGUGCAAGGAUUUUCUUCAGAGGAGAUAAGAAAAAAACUAAGCGUAUAAAGAAGAACAGAGAUCCGAGAUGGGAGCAGGAGUUCCAAUUUUUGCUAGACGAACCUCCUAAGAAAGACAAAGUACACAUCGAAGUCGUCAGUACUUCUUCAAAAAUAGGAUUGCUGCAUCCAAAGGAAUGUCUGGGCUAUGUGGACAUCAGCCUGUCGGAUGUGGUGGCCAACAAAAGGAUUAAUGAGAAGUUCCAUCUCAUAGACUCAAAGAAUGGACGUAUCCAUGUUGAACUGCAGUGGAGAACUUCCUCAUAGAACAACACAUUUUUCCUGUUUAAAUCACAUUCGUUUAUAUGUUCUUUGUUCUUUGAGCUGUAAAUUUCGGGCGCGUUUCGUAGAACUUUUGGUUAGAUGAAAAUUACUUUCAGUUCAUAAAAGGACGAACUUCAAAACAAUGCAAAAAAUAAGUAAAGAAGGAAAUAAGUAGUGCAUGCUAGUAGGAAGUAGCAGGUCUUUUCCUAUUGGAAGGCAUGAUUUUUAUUUACAUUCUUCUUGGUUGUUGAAUUGGAUGGAGGUUUUAGGCUGAUAAAGCAUGUACUUGUUUAUAUCUCUUUGGAUCUGUGGUUAAAAUUAGAUUGUUCUAUUCGUUUUUUA